ACAACAACACUUUAUUUGCUAAGGGGAGAGGAAGGAAUGGAAAGGGGAAUGGAUUAAUGAUUCUGGAGAUUCGGAAUAACACACAGGCACUUAUAAUACAAGAUGUUCUAUCUUUACAGACAUCAGCGAUAAAGGGGUGCAGGAUCCAGAAAAGAGAAGCCAGUAGUGAACACUGACCGUGGACAACAGAUGAAACAGACAGACGAACUAUUGCAAGAAGGUGUGGAUACAACAGUACAUUGAGAGCCGAGAAGGAAGGACUGUGCUGGAGUACUAAUUCUGAACAUGGCACUAGGUCUUUCAUGAACCCAAGGAGCUGAUAUAUUUCCAGAAACCCACCCCAUGGUACAUGCUCAGGAUGUUGCUAAGAAGAAUGGAGAUAGUAAGUCUAAAUCAGGAUCUGGCAACGGACAUUCGUGCUCAUCUCCUGCGAGGAUGCGGAGGAAAUCCAGACACGCCAGCCCUUCUUUUGAGGAUGAAGAGGACGAGGACGAUCCCAUCUACGUGCAUGGUGACGAAGGCUACAGCCCCAACCUCAGGGGCAACUACUUCCGAGAUGGGCAAACCAAGAUCGACUUCGUGCUGGUGUGGGAGGAGAAGGUGCGGCCCCCGAAGAAGAGGAGGGGGAAGCUGGCGGCUCACGAGGCCAGAGGCGACCGGCCACGCGGGCACCACGAGCACUGGAGGAGGAAGUUCCUCAACAACCUGAGAAAUGCCGGGCUGCUGAUGGAGAAGGAGGAGAUGCUGAGCGAGCGGAAAACCAUCCACUACCUGAAGCUGAGCGCCCCGUGGGACGUGCUGGUGUUCUACGCCGAGGAGCUGUGCCUGCGAGCGCCCCUGCAGGCCCAGCCCAACCCGGACUGGAACAGCUCCGCCGAGGUCCUGAGGAGACUCUGCAUCCCCAACGCCCUGCACCAGCACGUCCCCAACAAGCCCGCGGACUAUUACACCUGCGCCUUCCGCAGGUCCAAGCUGGACAAGUUCCUGGGCAGCGACUCCCGGGACUCCUACUUCAGCAACACGCAGAGACAUCGCAUCGUCUAUGAGAUCCUGGCUCGCACCAUCUACGGGAAGCGGAAACGUGCCGAGAUCGGGAUCAACCGGCUGCUGAACGAGCGGGUGUACGGCGCUGCCUUCCCGCUGCACGAGGGCCCCUUCGAGACGCCUGAGUCUGAGGUCCCCGAUGAAGCCCUGAACCCUCGCCAAGUCCUCUACCGCUUCUGGGCCCAGUGGGGCUGCUGGUACCGGUACCAGCCGCUGGAUCACAUCCGCCAGUACUUCGGGGAGAAGAUUGCCAUCUACUUCGCCUGGCUGGGCGGCCUCGUUCCCUGCAGGGGGAGGUGUGUAUCCAGCCACAGCCCCCCUCUGGCCUCAGGGAGGAGAGGGAAGGAUCCCCGACACGCACGCCUGCACCCAUGCUGGCUAGCUGGGCAGAGCCAACCACAGUGGAUGGAUGGUCGUGGGAACCACCUCCUCCUCCUGGAAGUCCAUGCAGUCCCAGUGAUGAGCCAGCGUGGCGCUUUUCCUCUUCCAGUACUCCAGGAAGGUCACGGCCCAGAAGGACAUGAAGACGCUGAAGAAAACCGUCCCGGGGUGAUCAAACAGGUACCCGACCUGCAGGGGCACAGAACAGAGGGGCCACACGGCCUCUUCACCAGACGCAGAAGCCCGUUCCCCCUGCACAUGCAUUGCCAUCUUCACCGCCUCCAUCUCACACCUCUAGCCUUGCUCCCUACAGCGCCUCCUGCUGGCGCGGGGGUAGCUGGACGCUCUCCUUGAACUGCUGCCCCUACGCCUUACCCACCUGGAGUUGGGACAGGCUGGCGCUAGCUCCUGGGGCUGGCACCACUGUGCCAUUUCCUACGGCGCCUCCUGCUGGGAGAUGCUGGGACUGGAGUAGCCAGGGGCUCCCCGGCAGUCAGAGCUCCCGCCCCCUCCCCUCAGCACAGCUCUGAGCAGGGGGAGCUCCAAGGCAUGGCUUUGUGGGCGUCUGUGCAGGGAAAACCCCAGAGGUGGGGAUUUCUCACUGCAUCGAGCCGGGCCCCUUGGGCAGCAGGGUUGGCUCUGCCCAGCUAGCCAGCAUGGGUGCAGGCGUGCGUGUCGGGGAUCCUUCCCUCUCCUCCCUGAGGCCAGAGGGGGGCUGUGGCUGGAUACACACCUCCCCCUGCAGGGAACGAGGCCGCCUGCCCCAAAGCACAGACACAGACCAGAGGAGUUUAAGGAGA